AUGUCAUUGACUGGCGGUGGAACUCAUACACUAUCAUGUAAACAUGAAGAACAGCAAACGAACGCGAAGAAGAGGAAGAGAGACGACGGUGUGGAGGAUGUCAAGCUUGAUGAACGACGUUUCACAAUCCACCCUGACGCAUUAGAUCCCUUCUCCGCCCCCCAAACCUUGACACCGGUAUGUUUGCUGUCUCGAGCACGGUUACUACUGUCGUACCUCGACACCACUAGCAGUAGACGGUUCUCCGCGCACCUGCAAAUUCUCGAGCUACUCAAAGACCGCGAUGGAGCAGCACAAGUUCUUGUUGCGAAAGAUGAUCGAGCGGGGCGACUGUACGCCGUUGAGCGGGUUGCAUCCCGGUCAUACGUGCUCUGUCGCCUUCAUGCCUGGGUUACUGAACUUGAACUUCUGCGAGCAAGACGUUUUCCAUCACCGACUGAAGGUUUGCGCCUCAAGCGCAGACGUUGGUCAGGAGCAAGUGGCAGUGGGAAGUGGUGGUGUAAAGCUGCGGUGGACGUCACAUGCCCAUCGAGCGCGCCAAAAUGCACGCAGAUACCGGAGCUAACGAUGUGCAACCCUGACCUAGCGACGGUGUGCGUCUCAGCGAACCUUGCGAGCAAGCUACCGGAAGUGAGCAAUGUCAGAUGCUCGCAUACAGACAUUACUCCUUCAGAGCCGCCGCGCCAGGAUCACAGUCCGGACGAUACCCUCCAGGAACUUGCCAGACACUACUUGGAAGCACUCUACGCGUCCCGGAUGUCUCUCGCCUAUUUCGUAAAAGGGCCGCUUUCCCGGGCAAGAACAACUUUUACGAGCAGCCAGUCCGCCACAGGUUGGCAGACUUCUGAUCUCAUUGUUUGUCUCCGAAAUUGGAUCUUAUCUGCGACCAUUAUGGAGAAGAAGCACAGAGACGGCAUUCGCAGUGUCCUUAAAGAGCUCUCACCAGACGGUCUUGAAACACCCGAGCACGCCGACAAACCGAAGAAGCGCAGGAAAUGGAAGGCCAAGCGCGACAAGCAAGGCUUCUUUAUCAACGAAAUGGAGUACAUAGAGAAGUGGUGGCGCGUAGACCAUGACACUGAAAGUCUUAUGCCAGGGUCUGCCGAAUCUACCGAAGACCGCAUGAUGCGGCGGUCGCCUCGCUUACGAUGCCGGGAAACAUACCUUCAGAUCAUCUUGGCUCUUGAAGUGCUCUCUCUCGAACAGUCAUUGGCCCGUCAUGCCAAGCGACCUGACACCGGGGAGCUAACAGGAGUCAUGCCUUCGGUGGAGGAGACACAAGGGGUUGAGCAAUCGGCGCAGCAAGAACCAAAGAAAGCGAGGGCGAGGAAGUUGCAGGAUUUGACAGAGUCUCUUGAAACGCUCCUCGACCGUCUCUGCAUCUGGCGUUCACUAGAAACCCGUUCUCCCGCUAAGAAAGCCGGUAGGGACGAUGACGAAGCCGAUGAUGCUGGCGACGAGCUCAAGAGUUUCUGCGUUGAGGUCGUCGUACCGUUCUAUGCAGCCCGAGUACCAGGGCACGCUGUGAUCAUCAACAAGAAGCUCGGUGGUCCCACGGCGCCGACACCGGCAAAGCACAAAACCAGAUCCACUCAUAGGCCGGGUGAGCCAACUUACCGCAAGGGGCCAGAGAAGCAGGCCAAGAAGCCAGCCACACGCGUCUCGAUGGAUGUAUCGGAGCAGUCCGUGAGGCAGCCUGCCUCUCUUAUUCGAUCAGCUACCGAUUCCGACAUCUUGCAAUAUCAGAUCAAGCGGGAAAGCAGCGAGGUGCAAGUAGCACUUGAAACCAUCCGACCGGCGAAGCCGCCGCAGCGGCGUGCCCGUAACAGCCUUGUGCACACCAUCAGCUUCAGUCGCCGUGAAGUUGACCUGUCAGCCAUGUCGCAAGCGAACGAGAACAAGAUGCGGAAGAAGGCCGAUGUUGAGCAGAAGCUCCGAGAUGCGAUUACCACGCUCAAGAAGCCCAACAGGACGCUUGCAGUCCAAGACAUUGCCGAGAGUGCUGAUCAGCAGUUCGCCAAGGUUACGGCCAGCAGGCGACAGGUGCCAAAGGCUAGAGUGUCCGAACAGAGCAAGUCGUAUGUUGCUGCAACUCCGAAACAUGCACGAACCGUCAAUGCGACACCGUCAAGGCGACAUAAUAUCGAGCGGACCCACCAUGAUACUGCAGCAUCGGCAGGUGCUGUGCCUACCUCGUGCGUUAGAUCGCUGGCUUUGCAAGAUACCAACGGCCGACCUUCUGGUUCGAACUUUGCAGUACCGCAGACAGGGCACAGAACCAGAGCCACUGCAGCUUCUGUAAAUGUGGAAGAGACGCCAUCCCGUGGAGACGCAAAGUUCUUACUGCCUAGCCUUGCACACCCUGGAAUCUGUGACUCGCCAAUCGCUCGACGUCACGGCCUUGCGGACGCUGACCACGCGCAUGCAAGACGUCUGCAGAUCUUCAAUGAGGCACAGCCAGUGGGGCUGCCGCUAGUCGAGUCGUCUCCAUACAGUACGAGAACCAAGUGGGACAAGCCGGUGGUGGAGACGCUCGCUGAACAGGAUAAGCCAGUGUCACUUUACAAAACCCUUGGCUGGGAGGAGGACUACGAGGAGCUCACGUAA